AUGAGGGCGUACUUCUCCCUCGGCGGCGACGGCUCGGCCUCGCGAUACCUCAAUAUGCCGCGCAUGCCCUUCUCCCUACCCAGCAUACCGCUAUACAUCCCUCACCGCAUACGAAAGCGCUUUCGAUCGACCAGAUCCAAGAUACGCUCCCGCCAAACACCUACCUCAUCCAUCGCACACGUCGAGACCUCCUUCAAUCCUGCCGACACCAUCCGAGCACUCCGCACCCACCACUGGAGCUAUUACGAUGCCCAGUACCUCUUCCUCGCCAUAAUCGGCAUCUUCAGCUUAUCCAUGAUCGAGAACCCUGGGCCAUUUCAGAAGACCAUGGUGGCGACGCUAUUGAUGACGAGCUUGGUCAUACCAAUUACGAGACAGUUCUUCCUGCCAUUCCUCCCCAUUGCAGGAUGGCUCAUCCUCUUCUACGCAUGCCAGUUCAUUCCCGCAGACUACCGACCGGGCAUUUGGGUACGACUACUCCCAGCAAUGGAGAACAUCCUCUACGGCGCGAACCUGAGCAACAUCCUCUCCGCCCACAAGAGCGCAUUUCUUGACGUGCUGGCAUGGCUACCAUACGGCAUUACCCAUUUCGGUGCACCCUUCGUGUGCUCGGGGCUGAUGUUCAUCUUUGGACCGCCGGGCACAACGCCCACGUUCGCAAGAGCAUUCGGAUACAUGAACAUGGCUGGAGUGGUAAUACAAAUCCUCUUCCCAUGCAGUGCUCCAUGGUACGAGAACCUGUAUGGCUUGGCUCCAGCAAACUACUCGAUACCGGGAUCUCCGGCUGGGCUGGCCGCGAUUGACAAGCUCUUCGGAAUCGAUCUCUACACCUCUACCUUUACAGCCUCGCCGCUGGUGUUCGGUGCCUUCCCAUCGCUCCACUCCGCCAACGCCACCCUCGAGGCCCUGUUCAUGUCCCAUACCUUCCCAAGAUUACGGCCGCUCUUCAUCCUCUACACCUUGUGGAUGUGGUAUGCAACAAUGUACCUCAGCCAUCACUACGCUGUAGAUCUUGUCGGUGGAAGCAUCAUUGCAGCAAUCGCCUACUCCAUCGCCAAGGGUAGCUUCUUGCCCCGAUUGCAGCCCGGCAAGAUGUUCCGCUGGGACUACGACUACGUUGAGCACGGUGAGGAGAAGGAUCCGUACGCUUAUGGCAUGAACGAUAUGGACGAGUACGAGCUCGCUCUCCAUGGAGACAGUGACGAAUGGACGAUCGGAUCCAGCUCGAGCUUCUCGAGUAGCAGCCGCGAGCCAUCAACUGGCAUGCGGUCCCCAAUCACUGACAACGAUUCCUUGGACGGUGACACUCUGGCCUCUUCAUCCGACAAUGAAUACCAAAAGGCAUAG